AUGGAAAAUCCAUUUCUCAUCUACAUGACUCGAUUAGAAAGAGCAAACCUUUUUCGAAAAAUCAUUGAUGUCGAGUCUCCCUUAUCUCCUGAAGCUACCGAUAAGGUUCUUGCCACAAUCAAAUCAGACGGAUUUCUACUGGAAAGGCUCACGGACAAAGAAAAGAGGCAAAUGCUUGCUCUAGCUCGCCAUAUCUCCGCCAUACCUUGGCCGUUUCCACCUGUGUCAGCCGCUGUCCCAGAUUCCACUCUUCCCGGUCCAGCGUCUCUUGCCUCAUCUCAGACAGUGGUACUCCCUGCCCUUUCUUCGCCUUUAAACACAUCUAGAAAAAUUGAUUUUGAUGUAUCUCUGCCUGAUCAAUUUGUGUCUCCCAUAUCUCAUGAUGUUUUUGAUGUUCAAACUCUGCUUGUACCUGGUGAUCCUUAUGAUCCUUUGUCUCACAAUUUACCUAGGGAAAAUGUUGAUUUAGUUGCUUUAUCUGACCUAGUAAAUUCUUUGCCAUCUGCGUUUUCCAUUCGAAAUGUUGCCCAACAUGUGUCUGUUCCAACCGUGGCUUGUUCGGCCUUUUCUAUUCCCAUUACUAUUGCUGCAUCUAAAAGUCACUCUGAUCCUGUACCCAUUCCUGUUUCAUCUACGCAAGAAUCGGUUCCCAUUAUCUCUGUUCCUAUUGCUAAAUCUUCCCGAAAGGGAAAGGAGAAAAUCUCUGUUUCAGGUACUGCAGAAAAGAGAGGAUUGUCACAGUUGGAUGAUGUUGAAACUCAAACUGAUCAUAAACUUCAACGGAAGGGUUCCACAUUGCCACCCAGAACCACUUGGUCAAGAGCCCAAGUUGACACACAUGCUGUUCCUACGCCAUCUGGCUCCAAAUCGAAAGGAUCAAGCAAGGUCUACAAACCGCAUCUUCUAUCUCCCGAUUUAUUUGUUGUUUGGAAAACUCAUGUCAACCGGGUUUCCAUCGUCGAAAAAUCUAUCAAUGAAGAGGAUUUGGCUGCCAAGUGCAAUAUUAUCCCGCUGUUACGUGAUCAAAAUUUGCUUGCCUCUCUACGCCAUAUUGUUUUCAUUCGUGGCACUUGGUAUCCUUUCGGGCCUACUGAGAUUAAUGCAUAUUUGGGCACACCAAAUCAUCCUGCUUCUCCGGAUCCUAGUCCUCACUUGUUGGCAACUGCACUCACUCAUAAUAAAGUGGUUUCAUGGCCGAGUGAUGGAAUUUCAAGCUUGAAGCUCACAACUGUCUACUCCGUGCUUCUUCGCCUUGCAUCGGCGAAUUGGGUCCUGGCAGUCCGUCGCCAUCAAGUACCAGAACAUCUAGCUGGCCUUCUAUACAAAAUCAGGAACCGUCUUCCGUUCAACCUCGGCAUGGUUAUUUUCUCUCACUUAAUGUCUUUUUUGCAGAAGAAAGAAGCCAAAGUCCAUCUCCCUUUUCCGUGUUUGAUUUAUGGGGUGCUUCAAGACCAUGGUUUUAUUCCCUAUAAGGAAGAAGUGAUUACAACUCCUGACAAUGCUUACAUUUUUGAUGAUCGACUUACACAACGAGGUCAUUAUGAUGAUCGAGCUUCACUUGAUCAGCUUCCUGCUAUUCCACCUCCAGCGCCAAUGGUUUCUGCGCCAGCCUCAUCUACUGACACUACGUCAGCUUCUCGUCCAGGCUCAAGACUGGUUCCCAAAGAACCCCCAACAUUGGUUGAUCGUAGGCAGAUUGUGCUCACUCUUGAGGCCUCUAUUGCACAAGUUCAACAAUCGGUCACCCCUCAACAAGCAACCAUCUCUGGCCUUGCAAAGCUUCGUGAUGCAUAG